GCAUCCGCUUCCUGUUUGAAUCAUUCCCACCGUUCUUGAUGCUGCAAGUGCAAGAAAGCCACUUUUAAUGUGAAACACUGCCUCAAUCAUAUUUCUCUAUCCGUAAAUCUUAUCAUUCAACAGAUUUCCUUGAGCUGUUAACCGGUACUACUCACAAGCAGAAAUGGUUAAUUCUCCGAUGCUAUUCCUUUUUCUCUGCACUAUCUCUUUCCUCUCAGGCGUUUCCUUAGCUGACCCACCAUAUCAAAAUUGUUCAACAAGCAGUAACUACACCAAAGGAAGCUCCUUUCAGAACAACCUCAACAACAUCCUGGGUUCUCUGUCUUCCAAUGCUUCAAUCUCCAAAUCUUACAAUGUCUCAUAUGGAAGCGAUCCAGACAGAGUGCAUGCCUUCUUCAUGUGCCUAGAUUAUGUUUCAAAUCAAACAUGCCAAGAUUGCAUAGCCUCGGCAGCACAAGACAUUCUUAAACACUGUCCCAAAGCAGAAGAAGCAAUUGUUUGGGAAGAGCAAUGCCAGCUCCGAUAUUCCAACAAGGACUUCCUCGGCAAAGUGGAUGUCACAGGAAAAAUGGGGUUUGAUAAUAAGCUGGAUAUUUCAGAACCAGAGAAGUUUGAGCCUGUGGUGAAUGGGUUGUUGUAUAGUCUUACUGACAAGGUAUCUUUCAAUGUUUCUUCUAAUUUGUAUGCUAUUGGAGAGGCACCCUUUGAAGAGAAAACAAUAUAUGGAUUAGUUCAGUGCACCAGAGAUUUAUCAGCUAGUGAUUGUAAUGUAUGCCUUAAAAGUGCGAUUAGUCAUCUACCUAUUUGUUGCUAUUCCUCAAUCGGAGCUAGAGUUCUAAGUCGUAGUUGCUACUUGAGAUUUGAGCUAUACGAAUUUUAUAAUGGUGCACUUGAUCCGAAUGAUUCAUCAACAAAAACUAGCAAAAGUACAACAAGCAAGGCAGGGAUGAUUGCUGGAAUUAUAACAGCCACUGGUUUGGGAAUAGUGAUUUUCAGUUGCUGCCUUUACUUCUUUACAAAGAAGAGAACUCAGAAAAGUAAGGGUGGAGUAGACAGUCAUGUGAUCGAUCUUCAUAGCUUUGGGGAGAAAGGUCAAUCAGUGUUCCAAAAUCACCAGAAUUUUCUUGGAAGAAAUGACAAAAUAUCUGAGAAUUUGCCUUAUUUUGAUCUUGAAACUCUGUGUGCUGCUACCAAAAACUUUUCCGAUUCAAAUAAGCUUGGUCAAGGCGGCUUUGGCUCCGUUUACAAGGGCGUAUUAAGUGAUGGCCAGGAAGUAGCAAUCAAGAGGCUUUCAACAGGGUCUGAACAGGGCUCAGAUGAAUUCAUAAACGAGGUUCUGCUGAUACUGAAACUUCAACACAAGAAUUUAGUGAGGCUUCUAGGAUUUUGUUUAGAUGGAGAAGAAAUGCUUCUUGUUUAUGAAUUUUUGCCUAAUGGCAGCCUUGAUGCUGUCCUUUUCAAUACAAGGCAACAAGCACAACUAAGCUGGAUUAAACGUGUUGAUAUAAUAUAUGGAAUAGCAAGAGGGAUUCUCUAUCUUCAUGAAGAUUCUCGACUAAAGAUAAUUCACAGAGAUUUAAAAGCAAGUAAUAUAUUGUUGGACUAUGACAUGAACCCAAAAAUUUCAGACUUUGGAAUGGCAAGAAUAUUUGCUGGAGCUGAAGGUGAAGCUAAUACAGCUACCAUUGUUGGUACAUAUGGAUACAUGGCUCCAGAAUAUGCUAUGGAAGGAUUAUAUUCUAUAAAAUCAGACGUAUUUGGUUUUGGAGUGUUAUUGCUUGAAAUUAUUAGUGGGAGACGCAACGCAGGUUUCUAUUACUCUAAAUUUGCUCCUAGCCUUCUGGCAUAUGCAUGGCACCUGUGGAAUGAGGGAAAUGCACUGGAGUUGAUGGAUCCUCUACUAGCUGAUUCAUGCCCUGAAGAUCAGUUUCUAAAAUACAUGCAUGUUGGAUUACUAUGUGUUCAAGCAGAUGCAUAUGACAGACCAACCAUGUCUUCUGUUGUUUUAAUGUUGAAAAGUCAAUCACCAACUCUUGGUCAGCCCCAAAGGCCACCCUUCUGUGUGGGAAAAAUCAUUAGUAAUGAUCAUAAUGUGCCAGAAAAUGAACAUUGCUCAGUCAAUAACUUAGCAGCUUCUGAUACACUUCCCCAGUGAAUAAUAGAUUUGAAAACUUCCAGUCUAGUUUUCCCCUUUUAUUUUGUAAUAUUGUAGUUAGAUGGUAUUCAGUCAAAGGCUGGCCAUUCAAGUUGUAACUGAUUUACAUUUUUCCGUUUAACGUAUAAACUAGGCUAAAUAGUUGUCGUUGUCACUGUUGACUUGUAAAAAUGUAUAUAACUAAUUUGUGGACCCACUGGUGCAUAAGUUUUAUUUUUAUUUCUGCAUCCAUCAGAUGGGUUUGAAUUAAUUGAUAA